UCGCUCUCGCACCCAAGGGGUACGCUGCCCGAUGCGUGUGUGUGGUUCUCGCUCUCUCUCCCACUUGCUAUGUGUUGCUGCACGCUUUUAUGUGUUGCUGACACUGCUGUGUAUACUUCUCAUCCGUGUGCGCGCGCUCUCUCUCUCUCUCUCGCUCUCUUCGAGCGCGGUUGGGCGAUUUUCGAUCCGGGGGUUUUUCGGUGUUUUACGUACCGCCGUCACCACACAAAAUAACGACGUGUGGAUGAGAGCAGUAGUGUAACGGCAGGCCAGCGACACUCGGCACACGCGCGCGCUCCUCUCGGAACAAAAAGCGACAGAACGCGAAAACACAAAAAAAAAACAACAAAAAAUAUACUAAGGGAAUUUCUAUCGCGGUGGUGUGUAUUGUGUGUGUACUGGCAAUACAAGGACAGCGUUGUGUUGUGGCCGUGUGGUGGUGCUACUUAGCAGGGUAGACGGUAGAGGAUUUAGCAGGAAAUUCCCGUUGCUUUGAUUUUGUUUUGUUUGGAAAGAAAAUCUGGACCCGGGAAAGUGUUUCAGUUUCGUGACAGUUGUGUGAGGCAAACAACAACAGCAGCAGCAGCGACUGCGGGCGAGCUUUAAAAAACCCAUUGUUGGGGGUCGCUUUUGUGCAAACUGGCCUCUCUGCGCUGUGUGCGUUCGUGGAAAAGGCAAAAGCCUAGCAAUAGAUAGCCCCCCUUCCCCGCCUGUGUGUGCGAUAUUCCAGCAAAUCCCGUGAAGUGUGUGUGCGCGCACAGUUGCGAAUCCAAAAGCUUGUGUGUGCGUGUGUGCGCUCGCACGAGAGCAACGGCGGAGUGUGUGUGGUGUGUGGAGGAAGCAGGCAUAUUUGCGAUACACACACAGAGUGUAGUGUGUUGGUGUCGGUUAGAAGCACAACAAGCAGAGCAAGAAGAAAACAACCUUGGUGUGGGCUGUGGUGUGGUUGGUGAUACACGCCCGUCCCUCUGUAUGUGAGGCUCCCGUCCUCCGUUCCGCCGCUCGGUGUCCACACUCCGGUGGAAUGAUUUGAUUUGCGGCAGUGUGCGUGCACGUUUCUAAUACGGCUAUAGAAGCAGUUGGUGGUUGUGUGCGUGCGCGCGUGUCUGUUGGCAGUGGAAAGUACCGAAAGAAUCAAAGUACACACAGCAGAUUUUGACAGCUGAAAGGCACGCGUGACAUCUCCUCGGAGUUCCUGCGAGUGUGUGUUACUGUGCGUGUGUGUGUGUUGUGUUGGAUGGAAAGGUUGACAAAACGACAGUUGUGCUGAAAGAAAGGAGGGGGUCUUCCUGUUGGAAACAUCCAAAGUUCCUCACCGUGAAAGUGUCUGUGCGUGUGUGUUUGUGUGUGCUGUAAAGCUAAAGUAGUAGUGGUAGAAACCGUGAUUAUGAUUACGUGAAAAUCGCCCCCAUCCCUCCUCGUGUGCGUGUGAGAAAGCAAAACAGCCCCCCCUUAAAACAACCUCCCACACCCGACAAGACCAGGUCUUUAGUGUUCCCCCCCCCCAUCUGUGUUUUUAAAGUGCUCUCUCCCUCCGAUUCCGUGUAAAAGCGCUUCCGGUGGUGGUGGUGGAAGAAAUGUCAUCCGCGGCACCGGUCACGGUGAAACAGGAGCGGCACGAUGACGCCGAAAUCAACGAGAUGGCGGCAAAGAUAGUGGAGGCACACAAGCAACAGUCGGCGAAGGCGGCGGCGGCCGCCGUCCAGCAGCAACAGGUGCCGGCCCGACCGGCCGCGGUGGCGGCCACCGUCACCGCCAACGGUGUCACGACCGGCCAGACGAACAUACUGAACUACUUGACGCGCAAACCGACCGCCACAGCCGGCAACGUGAUGGCGGCGGCUGCGUCGGCGUCUACCACCGUUGCCGUCCCGCUCGGCAGUGGCCAAAGUGUCACGUCGAACGGCAGCGGCAAAGCGUACGAUGGUGGCGGAUCCUCGGACCAGAACGGCGCCGAGAAGAAGGCCAACGACGAGGAAAGCCAGAAGGGACACUUCGGGUGGGAGGUGUUCCCGGCCAAGGUGCACAUCCCGUUCAUCCUGCGGCAGCAGGAGCGCUACUGCGCGGUGCGGAUGGUCGAGAUGAAGCUGCUGAACAAGUAUCUGAACUACCUGCACCAGGACAUCUACACGUGCACGUGCGUGCGGUCGUACUACAUCACCGAGGCGGAGUGUAAGCUGCUGAACGAGAUCAACCAGAAGCACUGCGACAUGCACUUCGGGCGGGAGCUGUUCACGCUUAAGGAUCUGGUGGUGCGCGUGUCCGACGCGUACAAGUUCUACCAGUUUCUGGAGGUGUGCUACAAGAAGCUGCUGAUGGGGUGCAGCACCCCGAACGACAAGUGCGGGUUCAUCCGCAUCAACAAGGAGUCGGUGGUGCCGUACACGGUGCGCGACUACCAGAAGAUGGUGCCGCUGUUCUACUUCGAGGGCGAGACGGACAACCUGAAGCUGAAGGCGGACAACCUGUCCGGGUGGGAUCUGUCGUACCUGAAGUUUUGCUGCAAGGUGCAGGGCAUCCGGAACGAGCUGUUCGCGAGCGACUCGGUCGCGGUCAUCAGCCUGACCGACAUCAAGGGAUACUUCCCGCCCGGCACCGAGUUCGAGGACUACUGGCCGAGCAAGGUGGUCGACUCGCAGCUGCUUUCGGGGCCGAAAACGAACACCAUCCACUGGACGCGGCAGCCGGCCCAGCCGCCGCCGAAGGCGCCCACCAUCAUGGCGAACGCGACCGCCCGGAAGGCGGCCACCAACAACGUCUACCAGACGCUGCAGACCCAACGGAACGCCGUCGAACCAGUUUAUUAUUUAUUACUAUUGUUUCACGGGUUCACUUUAUUUACCUGCUUUAUCUGGUGUGCCUUCCUCUACAGGUCGAGUGGUGGCGGUGGCGCAUCCUCCUCAGUCCUUCGCUCGGGCUCCUCCUCGGGUACCGCCGGCAGUGGCAAUACCCUACCGAACCUAAACCCCGCUCUGUCCAUAUUCGCAACCACCAGUAGCCCAAACGGUACCGUCAACCUGUCCCGGCUGAAUCAGCAACAGAUCAGCGAGCUCACGAUGGCCAGCACCGGUGGAGCGGGCCUGGUGGCGUCCAGUGGCGGCAGCAACCGUAACACCGCUACCGCCGGCAAGUCGAGCCGUAGUAGCGCCAAUAGUAGCUCUAGUGCCGCUGCUACUGCCGCUGCUGCCGCUGCCAUUGCUUCCUUUACUGCGGCCAUGAACUCUGGUGGUCGCACAGCGGGAAGCAGUGGUAGUGUCAGCAACAGCAGUAGCAACAGUCUGGAUGGAUUUUCGCUUGGACGGAAUGUAACGAUCACACCGGCCGGGAAGAGAGGUGCAAGUACGCUCGACGAGCUGACGGUGGCCGGGCUGGGGAGCUACGCUGUGAACGGCAACCGGCAGCCGGUAGCGUACCCUAAGAAUCCGAUCUCCAUCACCGCGGUGCCGAUUGGUUCGCCGACACGUGCCUCACCGAAGGGCGGUCAGGCAAGGCAACCGCCGCCGGCCCUAAUACCGGUCGGUGGCGGAGGCGGCGUCAAUAACGAUCUGAUGGAUAGUCUCGUGGCGAAUGGCGUCGAUCUGUUGGCUCAUUUGCGGAUGAGCAAGGACAUUGAGAUCAUUAACGAGCGCCUGCUGGAGGCGAGCAAUAGCGGCGGCGGCGGCGGCAGCGGCAAACAGCUACCAUCGUACCGGGAAAGCACAAACACCAACACGGGCAGCCCUAGCGUUAUAGUGCACGAUAAGAGUAGAGCGAGCGGCAAUAGUAGUAGUAGUAAUAGUAGUAGCAGUAGGCACGAUUACACAAGAAAUCAGAGCGUGAUCACUAGUGCGGGCGGCGGCAAUGGUGGCGUGGCCAGUGACGGAAGAACACACUAUCUGAACGCGCUGAUCGCAGCAGGACUGUCGGAUGUAAUCGAUCUAUCUUCUACCCAAAGGUCCACGAUGGGAGGCACCACGCUGCCGCAGCAUCUGGCGGCCGCCCAGCAGGCGGCGGCCGCUGCCGUUGCCCAGCAACAGCAGCAGCAGCAACAGUCACAAUCUAGUCGGCGGGCGGCGUCCGGAUCGGCCGGCCUGUCAUCUGGUGGCCGGGCGAUCUCCAACAGCAGCUCGUCCGGCGGCGGCUCCGGCAGUGGCAACAGUGGCAACGGUGCGAGCGGAGGAGUGAACAGCUACCGCAACGCCAGCGUAGCCGCUCUGCAGCAGCAGCUCCAGCAGCAGCAGGCCCAGGCCCAGCAGCAGCAGGUACAGCACCAGCAGCACGCGGCGGCCACGGCGGCUGCGGCGGCGGCGAUCAACAGCCUGACGGAAACGCGGCACGGCAACAUGAUCGUGCUGCCCGAGAUGAACAUGGGCGUGACUCAGUACAAGCCGUACGAGGUGGUGAAGAAACCGGUCGAGAACAAGAUCAUCUACUGCGUGAACAAGACGCCGUACCGCAACACCGAGUAUCUGAUGACGAUCUUCGACCUGAAGGACGUGUUCUUCCCGUACAUCAGCCUGGAGGUGUGCCGGCGGGUGCUGAACGCGCUCGACAUCAAUCUGUUCAUCGGCAAUAGCUUGCAGUACCAGGCGCUGCAGGAGGCGGGCCGCACGAACGUGGACAAGAUGCCGAUGAUACAGGUGACGGACGUGAUGACGUACAUGCCGCAGCUGCAGUACAUGAUCCGCAGCAGCAACCUGAACCAGGAGUCGCAGGCCAACAAGCGGGCCCGCAUCAGCUAGGAAUUGGGGUGGGGGGUACAG